AGAUCGCUAAUAAUCAGUAUACGGUUGAUGCGAAUUUUGUAAUUAAAAAAAACUAUUAAAAAUAUAUAGGAUAUGCUAUAAUGAAAUGAUCUUUGUGUUGCAUUCGUAUUGAAUGCACCAAAUUAUUUUUCUUAGUGUUAUAAAAAAGAGUUUCUUAUUGACCGACCUUUUGCUUUGUCUGUGCUAGUUAUCGCUAUUUUGUGAGCCGUGUAAACCUACUGACAAGUUACAGCUGUGUUUUUGACAGUGACACUGUAGCAGUGAAAAAAGAAAAUUAUUUUAGCAUAUUGAGAGAUGGCAACAUCGAAACUUAGCAAUGAAGAGCAACUUAAACGCCUCAUUUAUGUAUGUAAUGUACGUCCAAUAUACUAUUGUGGAGGACCAGAAAAGUACAUGCCCAUUUCAAAACUAAAGAUAGAUUUACUUGAGACUAUGUUAAAAAACAAUUACAUGGAAUUGCUCAAUGUUAUAGAGUCGAUUAAUGAUGAUAAACUAAUUCCUUACCGUACACAAAUAUUCAAUGUAUUGUGUUUUGCUUUGAGAAUGGAAAAUGCCACACCAGAGAAAAAAAAUGCUAUUUGUGCCUUGGCUAGAAAACUCAUGAAAACUGACACAGAUUUUUUUGAGUUUGUAAAAUAUGCUUCUCGAUUUCAUAAUAAUAAACUUUCAAAAACUGUUAGAAAAGCAAUAAUUUCAUAUUAUUCAAGCAAAAGCCCAGAAGAACUUGCUCAGUUUUAUGUUUCUGCUAAAAGUGUUCAUGGAAGAUCUCAUAAGGAUCUCAUCAAAUUGUGUCACAUGCAAUCAAAAACACCUGAACAUAACAUAGUUAUCAAUUACAUUUUGAAAAAUAGUUAUAAAGCAAAUGAACCAGGACAUCAGAUACUGGAAGUUAUGCGAAAGGUUGAUACUUUAAGGAAAACUAGUGAUCAUAAAGUUGCUGUUCCAUUGAUACAGGAACUAAAAGCCACCAUAAAUCAAGUUGAACCAAAACUUAGAAAAUCGGCUGAAGUUUGGAGUGCGGUACUGUUGAAUAUGUCUUUAAAAGAGGUAUUACCAACAUUGACAAAACUUUAUAAGCUUGGAUUCCUGAAAAAGGAUUCUCCAAUUCUUGCUAGAGUUACAGAGAUAUUAACCAAUGGAGAUAAGAUAAAAUCGAGCGGUAUCCAUCCCUUGGAAGUCUUUAUAUACAUGAAAAAUUUCGAAAGGGGUGGAAAACCUUUGGAUGCAAAAUUACUUCAGCAUUUGCAAUUAGAGAAGAAACUCACAGAGGAGGAAUUGAAAAAAUUGAGAACACCACAUGAGGUUAAGUGCCCCAUUGUUCUAAGUAAUCUACAGAAAUGUAUGAACAUAUCUUGUAAUAAUAUUCAAUCUUUCGGAAAAAGAUAUCUAAUCACAAUUGAUACUACAGAAAAAACGGAAACCCCAUGUUUGUGUAAUAAAAACAUUACUGGCAUUGAAGCAGCAUCAGCUUUCGUCUGGUUUCUAUUAAGAACAGAAAAAGAUGUUACAGUGGCUGUUUUUAAAGAUAAAGAUGUAGCAAUUAUUCCUCUUGAUAAAAAAAGUCAUAUCAAUGAGUAUGUUAACAAACUAAAAGAAAACAAGAGUCAGUUCUUAGUGAUGGCAUCGCCAAUAGAAUGGGCGACAACAAAUAAAAAACAUUUUGAUGUAUUUUUAAAUUUCGUCCAUCACAAAGAUUAUUACACUGACGCUCCUAAGGAAGUUAGGGACAAAAUGGCUAAACCAGUGGAGGCCUUACAGAAAUAUAGAAAAAAGCUCAACCAUCCAAAUGCAAAGUUGGUUACUUUUCUUCUGUCAUCUCCGGGUCUAACGAUUUCCGAUGGUUCUCCUAAUGUUCUAGAUGUCUGUGGCUUUGACAACGGUGUCCCGAAACUAGUGGAAGCCUUCUGUCGCGGUCAUUUCUGUUGAAUUUUGACACAAACUGUCUAUAAAAACUAAAUUCGAUCUAAAAAAAAGUGUUCAUUGAAAUUUUAUAUUUUUUUUACAACGCUCGAAUAAUGCUAGUGAUAAAAACACAAAACUUUUUCCCAUGACAUUGAAAAUAUUCGAACGUUUUUGAUAAUGCAAUAUCAUAUACUAGACUCAACUAAACUCAUAAAGCCGGUUCACGAAAACAAACAGAAAUAUUCACAUAGUUCUGGUCAUUUCUAUCUGUCAACUGAUAGGAAUUGAAAAUAUCCUCAUGUUUAUUAUAGUUUUGUAAUAAUAUAGUUUAUAUUACAAAACUAUAGUAGUUCUUAUUAAAAACAUAAUAGAGAGGUUGACUUUAGCGGCUUUUUAGAAUUAUAUUCGCUUUAGGGAAGGGUUUUGUCAACUUUUAUUUUAUUUCUAUAUGAUUUCGAAGUAAAAUGAACUGUUUUCAUCAUCUGUUUAAAUAUAAAAUAAUAUUAUUUCUUCCUUUUCAUCGAUUUUGAAUAGCUAUUCAGUUUUACUGUUCCUAAAACUGAAAACUGUUUUCAAAAACUUAUUUUAUCGAUCUUGUAAAUGUUUUUCAAUUUAGUCUGGUACGAGUAAAUUUACACGCACACAUGUGAUAUUUUCAAUUUUAUUUAUUUAUUUUUUUGAUAGUAUUUAUGUUAUUCGGAAAUAAAAAUGUGUGUUUUUAUUUUCAAAAAAUUAUUUCUGUUGAAUUUAUGAGAAGUUUUUUUAUAAAAAUAUCUCCUAUUGUAUUAAUAUGAGAAAAAUCGAAAUAUCUCCUGAUUGCAAGAGAAAAUUUAAUAAAUGUUUAGAAGGUAUUUUUAUAAAAAUUAUUAAGACACAUACGUUUUUAUUGCGUUUUUUUCUUGAAUCCAAAUUUUGUUUUUCUGCAACAUGUAUCAAUGUAAUGGUAAAUAAAAGUCCAACUUCUCUGACUGAUGACUAUAAAUUAUAAAUAAAUCAUCUAUAAACUAGUGAUGACAUAUCUUCAUUAUUAGUCGUUUUAAUGAGCAUUUGAUGAAUAAUUUUACUUUACAUAUGUGUAAUGAUUUUUCUAAAUAAAUAAAUUCUACUAAAGUCUACUUUGAGUUCGACAGCUGUUGGUUAAAGGAAAGUGUCUGCUACUAGUAUAUAAUUGCAGUCAUUUGUCAGAGUCAUUGAAAAUACUAAUAGGUCUUACAUGCUCUUGGAUAUGUGGAUUAAUCUUUUUUCUGUUCACUACAUAUUAUUUUGCUUAAAUAAUUAUUUUUCGUCUCUGGUUUGUUGUUAGUUUACAUUUAUCUGUGUUUAUAAUAAUUGUACGAGUGAUUCAGCAUGAAAAAAGUUUUAGCGGUACAAUUUUUGCAUAUUUUUUGUAUGCCUAAGUGCACUUAGUGGUAAUUUGAGUUAACAAUUAAAUUGCUAACCAUCUAUACCAGGGGUCUCCAAACUACGGCCAGAUCCAGCCCGCGACAGCCAAAGUUUUGACUGAGAAUGAAAGCACAGAAUGAUGAUUACUCAGUUUUAUUUACUUGCAAGGUAAAAAUUUGAUGACGCUGAAAACUUAACUAAAGCAUCUAUGUUUAAGCAUAUAACAAAUAAGAAAAAAAUAUAAAAUGAAUACCAAUUAAUAAAACAAAAACAAAAAAAAUACACUGAGAUUUAUGGAAUUGUGAUUUUUUUCCGAAAAUUGUUUGUAGUUUUAAUUUUAAAUUAAUUUUACUUGUACCAAUUAUUUAAAGAGAUUUGAGAUGCACAUCGAUCAAUUUACUUAAUUUCACAAUUAAAAUUAAAAUAAGGGCCAUUGGAUCAUACCAAAAAAUUAUUCUGGUUUGAAGGCCUCAAAGUUUGUAGACUCCUAAUCUAUACCAUAUAAAUGUAUUUAAUUUACCAUUACUAUGACUAAAACGAUUUUUUUUUCCUACGACGUUAUUGUUUUAUUUAUAAAAAGAAAAAUUUGACUUUUAGGUUAUAUGUGAUUUGCUAAAGUCGUAGGAAACAUAUCGAGUUUUUUUCGUAAAAGAAAAGGCUGUUGGUAUAGCUUUAAGUAACUUUCUGCGUUAAGUAAUUUAUUUCAGGGAAAUCGAACGUGAGAGUUUUUUAUUACAAAAAACAUUAAUUGACGUUAGAGUUAAUAGUUACAUUUAUGUUAAGAUCAAUAUUUAUAUGUUUUUAAAGAUGUAUUUUGGUAGCUGACCUAAUAAAUGAAAUUGCAUAACC